GGAACCGCGGGCAGCUGUCCAGCCGGUCGCGUAGCGGACAUGGCGGGCUCCCGGCUCCCUCGGCAGCUCUUCCUCCAGGGUGUGGCCGGCGUCUUUAUGUUCGCCUUCGCUUCCCUCUACACGCAGAUCCCGGGCCUCUAUGGCCCUGAGGGCAUUCUGCCUGCUCGGAGGAUGCUUCGGCCACAGGGCAAGGGACACUGGCAGCAACUGUGGGAGACACCAACACUGCUGUGGGAGGCACCAAGGCUGGGGCUGGACACAGCCCAGGGCCUAGAACUGCUGAGCCUGUUAGGCACAGUGCUGGCCCUGGGUGCCCUGCUUCUGCGUCCACUGCGCCACCCCCUCGUCUAUCUGCUGCUCUGGGCUGCUUACCUGUCAGCCUGCCAGGUGGGCCAGGUGUUCUUCUAUUUCCAGUGGGAUUCCCUGCUGCUGGAAACAGGCUUCCUGGCUGUGCUGGUGGCCCCGCUGAGGCAGUUCCCCAACCGUAAGCAGGCCCAGGGUGGGCUGACAGGGGCCUUGCCCCAUGAAGGCCUUCCCUUCUGGCUCGUGCGCUGGCUGCUGUUUCGCCUCAUGUUUGCCUCGGGUGUGGUCAAGCUGACCAGCCGCUGCCCCACGUGGUGGGGACUCACUGCCCUCACCUACCACUAUGAGACACAGUGCCUGCCCACACCUGCUGCCUGGCUUGCCCACCACCUGCCCGUCUGGCUGCACAAGCUCAGCGUUGUAGCCACGUUCCUCAUUGAGAUCGCCGUGCCCCCUCUGUUCUUCGCUCCCAUUCGCCGCCUGCGCUUGGCCGCCUUCUACGCUCAGGUGCUGUUACAAGUCCUCAUCAUCAUCACUGGCAACUACAACUUCUUUAACCUGCUGACCCUGGUGCUCACCACUGCCCUCCUGGAUGACCAGCACCUGACUGCUGAGCCUGGUCUUGGCCGCUAUAAGAAGACACCCACCUCCUGGCCCAAGGCCCUGCUUACCACACUAUCCUUGCUGCUGGAACUGGCCGUCUAUGGACUGCUGGCCUAUGGCACUGUGCACUACUUUGGCCUAGAGGUUGACUGGCAGGAGCACGCCAUCCACUCCAGAACCACUUUCACCUUCCACCAGUUCUCCCAGUGGCUGAAGACAGUGACCCUGCCCACUGUGUGGCUGGGGGUGGCCUCCCUGGCCUGGGAGCUGCUGACUGCCCUCUGGAGGUGGACCCAGGUGCGGGGGUGGCUGCCGAAGCUCCGUGCUGCUAUCCAGCUUUCCAUCUUGGGUGCUGCCACAGUGGCCUUGUUCUUGAUCAGCCUGGUGCCCUACUCCUACGUGGAACCUGAGACCCACGGGCGCCUCUGGACUGGAGCUCACCGCCUCUCCGGUGCUGUGGGACACCUGCAGCUUGCCAACUCAUAUGGCCUUUUCCGACGGAUGACUGGCCUGGGUGGGCGCCCUGAGGUGGUGCUGGAGGGCAGUUACAAUGGACACCACUGGACGGAGAUCGAGUUCAUGUACAAGCCUGGGAAUGUGAGCCGGCCGCCCCCUGUCGUGGUGCCCCACCAGCCACGCCUGGAUUGGCAAAUGUGGUUCGCAGCCCUGGGCCCACACACACACAGCCCCUGGUUCACCAGCCUGGUUCUCCGCCUGCUGCAGGGCAAGGAGCCAGUGAUCCACCUGAUCCAGAACAACAUCACCAGGUACCCCUUUCACAAGCAGCCACCCGCCUACAUCCGAGCCCAGCGGUACAAGUACUGGUUCUCACAGCCUGGAGAGCAGAGAUGCUCCUGUUGCAGCAGGUGGUGGCGUCGGCAGUGGGUGGAGGAGUUCUUCCCACCUGUGUCCCUGGGGGAUCCAGCGCUGGAGACACUGCUCAGGCAGUUUGGGCUUCAGGACAAGAGCCCACCCCGGGCCCGCAACCCCCGCAGCGCCCUGGUUCAGGCCCUCCACUGGGUGCGGACCCAGCUGUCUCCCAUAGAGCCUCCCACCCUGCUCUGGGGGCUCCUAGGGGCCGUGGGGGCUGUCAGAGUCAUGCAGGCCCUGUUAGUAUCCCGGUCACUCAGAUCCUCCCCCCAAGACAGAGGGGAGAAGCCCAAGCCAGCCCUCAAGAAGAACUCUGGAGCUGCCUCUGAACAGGCCAGCCGAGCCACCGACAACUUCAGCAGCAGUUCCCGGCCUGCCCGGCAGAAAAAGUAGCUUCAUGUUCUCUCAUCCACAUAUCCUCAGAGGGUUGGGUCCCUGCGGAGUUCUGACCUGCGGGACACGGCCCAGCCACCGUGCCUUAGCUGAUCCUCCCAGGACAGACACAGGCUGGGGUGCUGCCCACUGAGGUUGCUACCUUGAGAGCCACAGGUCCUCCAAGGCUACCACCUUCCUCCCCAGUCACUCCCCCACCCCUGUUGCCUUGGCCGUCGGCUUGGGAGGUGGACAUGUAGCCCAGUGCUGGAUCCUUCCUGGGACACUGAAGUCAGUGCAUGGAGGCCCUGCUCCUUCCCUGGGCCAGAGGGUCUGAGUCUGGAGCCCCUGACCCCAGUGCCCAUGUGGGGGGAUAAGGUGCACUCAUUAAGGAGGAGAGCAGGCAGAGCAGCCGCCUGUGGUAUCACCACACCAGCUGCCAUCCUUCAAUGCUCCCACCAAUAAAGGUGUCCUUCAUGCUU